AUUUCACACUGGGCUGUCCAUCACGAGUGGCCUCGGUGGUAUUCUAAAAGAGGCGAGGAUAUGGAGCGCAUAUUUGCUCGGAAGAGAUCGAGGUCGGCCGGGAACAGGAAACCGUCGGACACGGAUUCUGCUGCUACACCAAGCUCGACCGAUCGGGAGUCGCGGGGACAGAAGAGCGCCGAGUACAGGCAGCCGCAGUAUGGGACUCUUCUUGCUACCAAAAACGUCUUCAUGCGUGAGUCAGAACUGGACAUUUCGCUCGGAAGCAAGCGAGUGUAUGAACGUUUACUGCAACAGAAAGGAGAACUGCCUGGCGACUCCUUGUUUAGCAGCGACCGGUUCAAGGCAUCGUGCAGAAACAUUCAGGACCGGAACGAAGCCCGCGUGAUCCAAGACAUAGGCAGGCUGAUCGUCCCGUCAGCAGAAGUCCUUACUACAUAUGGCGCCUCUCACCUACAGGUCCUCAUCGAGAGCGUCAACGAAGGCUGGAACUCCUCUAUACCUAUCACCAAAACACGACCGCAGCCAGACUAUGCAGUUGGCUUUCGUCGAGAGGCUUUUACACAAGAUCGUCUCAACAGAAUGCGCCCUAUCGUUGGUGACCUUACUCAGGAACGGUCGUUCUUUAUGGCCACCUGGUACAUGUACUUUCCCUUUCUUACCUGCGAAGUGAAAUGCGGCGCCGCGGCCCUCGACGUUGCAGACCGCCAGAAUAGCCACAGCACGGCUAUUGCGGUGCGCGCGGUGGUGGAGCUGUUCCGAGCAGUAAAACGCGAGAAGGAGCUGCACCGCGAGAUUCUCGCGUUCUCCAUCUCGCACGAUCAUCGAAAUGUUCGCAUCUAUGGCCACUACGCCGAGGUUGGUGUAGGUGAGUCGGAAACGAAGUACUACCGCCAUCCGAUCCACGAUUUCAGCUUUACUGCUGCCAAUGGGAAGGAGAAGUGGACGGCGUACAAUUUUACGCGGAAUGUCUACCAUGACUGGAUGCCGACUCACUUCGCGCGCAUCUGCUCGGCCAUCGACCAGAUCCCCGCUGACAUCAGCUUUUCUGUGCAUUCGGAUUCCUGCUACUCGGAGCGAUUAUCGGCCUUAUCGCAAGAUCUCGAAGAACGCAGUAUGAGUCAGUCCGACGCAGGCUCUGCUUCUGUCCAGGGUCAGGAUAACGUACCAUCAAGUUCCAACCGGGAACCUACCUCAGCUUCCGACACUACGGUCUCCGACAGACUAUUUAAGAGGCCAAAAGGAAGAAGAUCUGCUCGAGAACCCCGAUGA